AUGCUUCUGUUCCAGAAUGAUAAUGUCAGAAUUACAUUGUUCCAUCCUUUGAGCAGGGCAAAGCAUAUAAAGGCAUUGGCACAUGUCAGUCUUAAAGAAGAUGAAGACACCAAGAGUCCUGGAGCCCUCCCUGUGAUCAAAAGCGAGUCUUGUGAGAGAAUAUUAGAGAAGUUGAGACAGAAAAUAAAAGCUGAAGAUGUGGAACUUCUGGAGCAGCUAUUUGUUUUAGAGGGAAUUUUCUUUGAUCCCAGCUCUGUGGAAGAAGUGGAAGCAGCUUACGAGGAUGUGACAUCCAGAACAAUUUUAUCACUGCAGAAAGCCGUGGAAGAGCUAAUUGCAACUGUUGAGAAGCUCAAGGAGGAGAACAAGGCUCUUAAAACCCAGAUCAAAAGCUGCUGA